AUGGUUUUGGAGGAUGUGGAACUCCUCUGGAAGGAACUUUGGGAUGUAUGGGAUCUCCGAGCCUUCAUUAUCUUAAGCCUUUUACUGCAAACCUUCUUAACUUUGUUUGCCUCCUUGAGAAAGCGAAUGCCAAACAAUUCCAUAAUCAUACCCCUCUGGUCGGCAUACUUGCUUGCAGACUGGGCUGCAAAUGUUGCCGUCGGACUCAUCUCCAACACCAAAGGCAACACUUCCGGUGCAGCAGGCGAUAACGAAGACCUUCUGGCAUUCUGGGCUACCUUUCUUAUGGUACACCUUGGUGGCCCGGACACCAUAACUGCUUUUGCUGUCGAGGACAAUGAGCUGUGGCUCAGGCACUUGCUUGCCCUCAUAGUCCAGUCUUUAGCUGCUCUGUAUCUCUUCCUUCAAUCACUACCAGGUAACAAGCUAUAUAUCCCAACAAUGCUCAUGUUUUUUGUAGGAAUUAUCAAGUACUCUGAGCGGGUACGUUCUCUGUAUCUGGCAAGUUUGGUUAGUUUACGGGACUCCAUCCAACGUGAUCCUGACCCUGGGGCUGACUUUGCUAUGAUCAUGGACGAAUACAUGAACAAUGAAAUAAAUCAAAUACAAGUUCAAAUUGAUGAAGAUCCUGAUAAGGAAAUCGAAUCUGAUGAUGAAGAGGCCUAUAAUUGUGCUUUGACCGAGUUACAGAUGAUACAACAUGCUUAUCACUACUUUAAUAUUUCCAAGGGGUUCAUUGUUGAUUCCAUUUUGAAUAUUGAUCAGCGCAACCGAAGCCAACAGUUAUUCAGAAUAACUAGUCCAGAACAGGCUUCUAGAGUGAUAGAGGUGGAACUGAGUUUCAUGUAUGAAUUUCUGUAUACCAAGGUCAAAGUAGUGCAUUGUAAAUUAGGGUAUUUUUGCAGGUUUGUUUCCUUCAGUUCACUUGUUAUAGCCCUCGUAAUCUUCUGUUCCGAGAACAAGCAGGGAUACCAGGGAUUUGAUGUCGGGAUUACCUAUGUCUUGCUCCUUGGUGCCAUUGUACUCGAUAUAAUUGCCAUCAUCAUGCUCCUUUUCUCUAAUUGGACCAUUAUUGCCCUCAGUAGGCUACCAGCUGGGAUCAAGUCCGACGGUAAAUCCCUCAGAGCUAAAACACUUGGCUUCUUGCUCACGUUCAAGAGGGGAGGAGUGACUUCAGAUCUACGCAACCGCGAGUUGCUCGAUUGUGACAGGAUCUGA